AGUUCCUUGUUUACGAGUCCUUCAGUCACGAGUCAUGUCUCUCAGACUCCGAGCGCUUUUUAUCCUGACAGCGUGUCUUCUCGGCUGUGAUGCUAAGGUGCGCCUUGCAUCCUACUAUGGAGACCACAUGGUGCUGCAGAAGUCUCCAGCUCGAGCUGUGCUGUGGGGAUACGGCCCUGAGGGCGCACACGUCACCGUCUCCCUGUCAGGACCUAUACAGCUGAGGACCUCACCAGUCACUGUGACAAAAGGCAUCUGGCGAGUCACCCUCGACCCUGUUGAACCUGGUGGUCCCUACAUGUUGAUGGUGUCCUCUGAGUCCAAUACUAUCACUCUGAAAGAUGUGCUGUUUGGAGACAUUUGGGUGUGCGGAGGACAGAGUAACAUGCAGUUCCAAACAUCUCGGGUUUUUAAUGCAUCGUCAGAGCUGGCCCUUGCGCCCAAGUAUCCUCAUGUGAGGCCUUUCCAGGCAGCCUUGAAUGUCAGUGAGACUGAACUGCCUGAUCUGGUUCAAGUGCAGAUUCCCUGGUCUGUGCCCACAGCUGGUGUUAUGUCUGAGUUUUCUGCUGUGUGUUGGCUCUUCGGACGUUACCUGUACGAUGUCUUGAAGUACCCCAUUGGACUGGUGGAGUCCUGUUGGGGAGGCACGCCAGUGGAAGCCUGGUCGUCUUCAAGGGCCCUUCAGCAGUGCAAAUUAGAUAGAAUGAUUGGCGGUCCAAGAAACGAUUCUAUUUUGUGGAACUCAAUGAUCCAUCCACUGCUCAAUAUGACCAUCUAUGGAGCCAUCUGGUACCAAGGGGAGGCAAAUACUGAUUACCAUCCCAACCAGUACAACUGUUCCUUCCCUGCUAUGAUCGAUGACUGGAGGAUGGCAUUUCACCAGGGCUCGGGUGGGCAGACGGAUCCAGACUUCCCCUUUGGCUUUGUCCAGCUCUCAACCUGCACAAAAAACUCCACUUCUGAGAAAUAUCCAGACAUCCGCUGGCAUCAGACAGCAGACACUGGCUUUGUACCGAACUCAAGAAUGAAGAAAACCUUCAUGGCUGUGGCUUUAGAUUUACCGGAUGAAUCAUCACCUUAUGGAACGAUCCAUCCUCGAGACAAACAGGACGUCGCCUACAGGCUGACGCUGGGGGCCAGGGCAGUGGCCUACAACCAAAAACACGUGCCCUUCCUCGGUCCGUUCCCCAAAGAAAUCCUGCGUCUUCCAAAUUCCAUCAUAGUUCAUUAUGAUCAAGCAAUCUCUGUCACUUCCUCCAAAGACAUCUAUGAGAUCUGCUGUUCGAAGACUGCAUGUGGCCUUAAUUCCCUCUGGGUUCCAGCUCCCAUCCUCAGCUGGGUUUCAGCCUCUGUCCGGAUAUCCACCGCUUCGUGUAAAGGCUCUUCCAUUGCUGGUCUUCGAUAUGCAUGGAAGGACUGGCCCUGUGAUUUUAAAGCCUGCCCAGUUUACAGCGCCAACAAGGUUUUACCUGCUCCUCCCUUCAUUUCCAAUUAGCGCCCGAUGAAAGGGAGCGGGAGGAGGCCCUGAGGAAGACCUAGGACAUGCUGAGAGAUUGUCUCUCGGCUGGCUGGGAAACGCCUUGGGAUCCACCUGGAAGAGCUGGAGGAAGUGUCUGGGGAUGAGGAAGUAUGGGCAUCUCUGUUUAGACUGCUGCCCAUGCGACCUGGUCCCGGAUAAGCACUUGAAGAUGGAUGGAUGGAUCCAAUGAAAGGGAACAAUUAUUGAAGACCGAGACAACAGCGUGAAAACACUUUUUGAUCAGUCAGAAUUUCUUGAUUGUGAUUGUAAAACAGCACCUAAUGUUGAUAUUGCACUAAUUUGAUGACUGUAUAUGUCUGUGAUAAGCUUUUUUUGUGUCGUGUCUGGCUGAUGAGUCUGUUGAGUAAAGAAUAAAGUAUGAUUUUUGGUCGUAACUUACGAGGUCUGGAUAAAACCACCCUCCGACCACAAUCAGAGUGUGAGAGUAACACUAUUUCUUAACGUUGGCAUUUUAUUUCAGAAGAAGAUGGACUAAAGCUGACAAAUGCUGAACUGAAUCAUCUGAGGUUGGACUUUUUCCUUUUAUUAUUAUUUUUUUUUAAUGAUCAAUGAGAUUCAUUGAAGGGAACGAUCGUGUACUCAGGCACGUCUUCUGUGAUCAUGCACUGUGUUGAUUGGUUGGGCGGAAUUUAAUCAGCAUUCGUAACUGCACGCCGCAUGUUGGCUAUUGAAACAUUGAAAUUGCUCAUGUAUUUGUAGGAAAUAAAGAAUCCCAAAUGAAA